CAACCAGCAGAAUGUGGUCUCCUCUACUUCUGUGUCUCCUAGUUGGAAUCGCCUCCGCUGACCAACAUGCUUGGAAAGCCGGGCAAGAAUACACCUACCAAGUGCGAGGUCGCACUUUAGCCGCGCUUCAUCAGGUCGCCGACCAGUACACCGGUAUCGCCCUCAAAGCCCAGCUCAAAUGUCAGCCGAAAGGAUCCGACGCUUUGAGCUGUAACAUCCAGAGGCCCCAGGUCGCCGAGAUUCACGCUCAGCUGCCAGGCGGUUGGGACUCUCCUCUCCCCGAGAAGAAGACCAACUACCAGAAGUUCGAGCUCAGUGAAAAACCAUUCGAGAUCAAGUUCAAGAAUGGCGUGAUCGACGACCUCGUCGUUGAGAAGUCUCUGCCCACCUGGCAGGUGAACAUCAUCAAGUCCAUCGCUUCUCAACUCCAGGUCGACACUCAGGGUGAAAACGCCAUGAAGUCUCGCUACAACCAGGAACCCGAAGGUGAUCAGGCUUACGCCACCUACAAGGCCAUGGAGGACACCGUGACCGGCGAGUGCGAAGUCCUUUACGACAUCAGCCCUCUGCCCGAAUACGUUCUGCAAACCAAACCCGAACUCGCACCUGUACCUCAGCUCAAAGGAAGCGGACAGAUCAUCGAUAUCGUUAAGACCAGCAACUUCAGCAACUGCGAACAGCGUAUGGGAUACCACUUCGGAAUCAGCGGAGAAACCGACUGGGAAGCCGGUAGCAACUCUAUGGGAGAUUUCCUCGCUAAAUCUUCCGUGAGCCGCGUUGUCAUUUCCGGAAGUCUGGACCGUUACACCAUCCAAUCGUCGGUAACCACCAACAAAAUCGUGGUGAGCCCCAACCUCAAGCACUCGCAGAAGGGUAUGGUGGUCAGUCGAUUGAACAUCACCUUGGACUCCGUGAACGCCGCUUCCGGUAGCCCCAGAUCCCCAUCCGAGCCCGAAUCCACCGGUAACUUGGUCUACAGCUACAACAGCCCUUUUGAGGCGAACAACAAACGUCGUCCCCACAACAACAACGAUGACGACAGCAGCUCAAGUUCCUCCUCUUCGUCUUCUUCCUCCUCCUCGUCUUCGAGCUCCAGCUCUUCUUCCUCGUCCGAAGAAGACCAACAACGUGGUAACUCUCAGAACAAAAACAACAACCAACAUGGACAUCGUCAAGCUCGUGCCGCCAACCAAAGAGGACAGGGAAACCAAGACUCAGACUCCAGCUCAAGCUCCAGUUCCAGCUCCAGUUCGAGCUCCAGCUCAGACUCAAGCUCCAGCAGCUCGAGCGAAAGCGACAGCCUCAGCAGCAGCGAGGAAUACUGGCAGUCCAGACCCACCUUGACCGACGCACCCGAGGCUCCCAUGCUCCCACUCUUCAUCGGUUACAAAGGUAGCGCAGCCCAGCAGUCCAGCCAGGUGAACCCCGUCUCCGUUGCGAAGAAACUGGCCAGCCAGAUCGGCGAGGAACUCCAGAAGCCGAGCAACAUCCCCAAGCAAAACACCCUUGAGAAGUUCAGUCACCUCGCCGCCCUCUUGCGCACCAUGAGUGCCAAGCAGAUCGAGCAGGCCGCCCACGACAUGUACGCGCCCGCCAAGGAGAACGCCAGCAAGAGCGAGAGUGCCAAGAACGCCGCUUGGAAGGCCUUCCGCGACGCUGUCGCCCAGGCCGGUACCGGACCCGCCUUCUCCGUCAUCAAGAACUGGAUCCAGACCAAGAAGAUCCGCAACAACCAAGCCGCCGAUCUGAUCGCCGUGCUGCCGAGUACCACCAGGUACCCGACCGCCGAAUACAUGGACGCCUUCUUCGAACUCGCCACCAGCCCCGAAGUCACCAAGCAAGCUCCGCUCAACAACACCGCUAUCCUCGCCUUCGCCGAUCUCGUACGCGAGUCCCAGGUGAACAACGCCUCCGCCCACGGUCGUUAUCCCGUCCACAGUUUCGGACGUCUCUCCCCCAAGAACAACCCAGCCGUCCAAGGACAAUGGAUCCCGUACAUCGCCAAGCAACUGAAGAGCGCCAUCCGCGCCGCCGACAGCCAGAAGAUCCAGGUGUACAUCCGCGCCCUCGGUAACGUCGGUCACCCCAAGAUGCUCUCCGUCUUCGAACCUUACCUCGAGGGUCAGGAGGACUCCUCCGACUUCCAGCGAUUGAGCAUGGUACUGUCCAUGUGCAAUCUCGCCAGGCUCUACCCGAAACAGGCACGCGCCGUUCUUUACAAGAUCUACCAGAACACCGGUGAAGCUUACCAAGUCCGUACCGCCGCCGUCUUCCAACUGAUGAGGACCAACCCACCCCCAAGCAUGCUCCAACGCAUGGCUGAGUUCACCAACCAGGACACCAGCAAGCAGGUCAACGCUGCCGUGAAAUCGAUCAUCGAAACCGCCGCGAAACUCGACGACGCCGAGCUCGCACACAACGCUCGCGCCGCCCGCGAUUUGCUCAGCACCAAGAACAUGGGUCUCCAAUACUCCCGCGGAUGGCUCCACGAUUACACAUCCGAGGCAAUGAGCAGCGGCUACCAACUGAAUUCUUACUGGAUCGGAAGCGAAGACGCCAUCGCACCUCAGGCCGUAUUCGCCACCGCGGCGUUCAACAAGGGUGGAUUCCAAUCCCCGGCUUCCAUCUACGGCGCCAUGGUGUCCAGCGUUGACGAUCUGCUCGACGUUCUCUACGAUCAAUUCGAAGACAACGACCAGGCUAACCAGAAGAAGAACUCCAAAUCCAGCAAAUUCAGUCCCGAGAACAUUCUGAGCGCCCUUAACAUCCAAAGCAACGACGCCGAACAACUGGAAGGAAGCUUCCUCUUCCCCGCUCUCCAGGGUAACCGUUUCUACGCCUUCGACAACAACACCAUCGAACAACUGCCCAAAGUGGUCAAGCAAGCCGCGGCCGCUCUCAAGCACGGACAGAGCUUCAACUACACCAAAUUGUACUCCGACGAGGAGCUGACAGUCAGUUUCCCCACCGCCAUGGGUCUCCCCUUCGUCUACACCAUGAGGACUCCGUCCCUCGUACAAGUCGGCGGUGAAAUCCAGGCCCGCACUUACCCCGAACAGUACAGCGGCUCCAACGAGGAAAUCUCCAUCCCCGAGGCCGUCAACGCGAGUCUGGACAUCCACGCGGUAUACUCAACCAAGGUUAUCGCCAGGAUCGGAUUCGUCAAUCCCGCCAACCACCAACACCACAUGGCCGGUUACGACAAGAACUUCCAGGUGAAUCUACCCCUCAGCGCCGAGAUGGACAUCGAUCUCGAGAACAGCCACGUACGCGUCAAGCUCGAGCCCAUCCAACAGAACAAGGAGUACAACCUGUUCCACUACAGCAGCUGGCCUUACACCGCGCAAAAGGACAUUCUCAGCGAGAAACCCGUUUCCCAGCAAAAGGGAUACGCACUGAUCGGCGAACGCGGAUCCGAACAGAACGAAUGGGCGUUCGGUCAGAAAUCCACCGGACUCGCUCUCCGUUUCACUUCCGAGGGCGAGCAGACCGAGCACCAGUUGAGAAACUGGGCUUGGGAGAUGCUCCAGUCCGAAGACCCCCUGGCGAUCGCUUUCUCACUCGACGACGAGAUCCAACAGUCGAACUACAACCUUUGGUUGGACGGUCAGCACAGCAGCAACGAAGCCGUGGUGCUCACCGCUUCUUACGCCAACUACACCAAGGGAAUGGGCGGCGAUUCCGACUCCCAGUCGGGAUACCAACACCCCGCUGGACGCAAGAACUCCGGCAGCGAAGACAACCAAUCGUCCAGCACCUUUGUCCCCGCAUUCCAACCGAGCAGCCAGAAACCCGACAGCGAGAGCCGUCAACAGGAAUUGCUCCAGAAGGCCGCAUCCGGCAUCAAGGACGCCUACUCCCAAUCCAUCGACUUCGGAGCCGUGUUCCAGGGUAAGAACAAGGCCGAAUACGCCGCCACCUUCGCCAUGGCGAACAGCCCAGUGGACCCCAAGAGCCGCGUAGUUUUCUACUACGGCAGCAACCCCGCGCAACAGAAGAACUACCAGAUCUGUCUGAGCGCCCAGAGCUCCAGGCCGAAGGUGCCCGUGAUGGACUUCAUCAAGGCCCUCAAGGCUGACCCCACCACCAAAUUCGCGGCUGACCUCAAGUUCGGCGAACAGUGCCAAUCCGGUGCCCAGGUCCAGAUCCAAGGUCAAUUGGAACAGACCGAAGGACGAAGGGAGUACCUCCGCCGCACCCCGACCGGUCAGCAAUGCGCCCAGCAGAUGCAAGAGGGCAACAAGAUCCUCCCCGCCUGCCGCAACGUCACCGCACGCGCCAACUUCCUCAACGAAGGAAGUCUCACCGUCAAAUUCAGCCACGUCACCGACUACAUGAAGAACGUCUCCGCUCGGGCAUACGGCCUCGCUCGUUACUUCGGAUACCACAGCGCUUACGAAAACAUCGUCAACCCCGGUAACCAGAAGAACGGACAGAUCGACUUCGGAUACGAAAUCUCACCGGACUUCCAACGUUUGAACGUCAGCAUGAGCGCGCCCGGUUUGGACGCCAACAUCACCGACCUCGAAAUCCACCCGUGGGCCCGUUCCAUCGUUGCCGUCGACCCCGUUCAGUCCGGUGCACGUCGUUUCGCUAGAGAAGCACUCGCCGGACAGUACAACCCCACUUGCGUCAUCGACAACAACCAGGCUUCGACCUUCGACAACAAGACCUACCCCAUCGAGCUCGGCAACUGCUGGCACGUGGUGAUGACCACCAUCCCCGACCAGGACGCCGACGACGAACAGAACGGCGACGACGAGAUCCCCGAGGAUAUGCGCGUUAGCGUCGUAUGCCGGGACAUCAACGAACACCAGAGGGAGUGCAGACUGGUCCUCGGCGAGGCCGAGAUCGAGAUGUACCCCAACAACGACCAGGCUGCCAUCAAGGUGAACGGACGCGCCGUUCAACUAUCCCAGGAGGAAACCUACCGCUACACAUCCCAAAACGGCGAGAUCCAGUUCGAGGCUUACCUGAAACCAAGCGGCGUCGUCUACAUCCACUCCGAGGAGUACGGAGUAAGGGCUCUCUACGACGGCGAGCGAAUCAAGCUGAUCCUCAACAACGAAUACCGCGACCAGAUACGCGGUCUCUGCGGUACCUUCAACGGAGAGCCGGCGACCGACUUCACCGCACCCCAGAACUGCAUCCUGAAGAACCCCGAACACUUCGCCGCCAGCUACGCCCUCACCAAGGACCAGUGCGAAGGACCCGCCAAGGAGAACGCCCGCAGGGCCCAGCAGGCCCACUGCUACCGCGAAGCCGUGCUGUUCGGCAACGUGGUCAGCGACCAGGACGCCGGACGCUCCAAGAACAAGGACAGCAAAUGGGAGAACAACAAAUCCCGCAAGUCCGGCUCCGGCGGCAAGAAAUCCGGUAGUUGCACCAAAUUCGCCACCGCCACCAUCGAGGAGAACGGAAAGACCUGCUUCUCGCUGCGCCCCGUGGCCACCUGCGCCGCCGGCUGCAAGGCCACCAGGAAACAGGAAACCACCGUCAAGAUGCACUGCGUCCAGUCGAGCAGUUCCUCCCAACAACUCGUACACCGCAUCAAGCAGGGAGCCAACCCCGACUUCAGUCAGAAAUCCCACGACAAGAGUUCGAGGAUCGAGGUCCCGGAAAGUUGCGUUGCCCAGCAAUAGAGACAGGAGUCAAUGAGAGAAUCGGGAAGCGAUCGAUCCCGAUCGCCCCGUACGACAACCGCGAUACUCAACGGAACUUUGUACAUAGUGCAAAUACCUAUAACGUUAAAAAGCAAUUAAAAAAUUAACAAAAAAAAAAA